AUGAGCUACACUACUAGGUUACCUGAUUUUACCAAAUAUUUUCCAAUAUCAAGAAGAGUCAACGAUAUUGCUAAAAUGAUACCAAAUAUAAAUGGAGCAUAUCCACAAAAAUCAAAAUACGUGAAUAUGCAGCAUUACUAUCAAAAUAGAGAUGUUUUAUUGCCUUAUGUUCUAAACAAACAACCUCAUCCUGUUUCUUUAAAACAAUUAGCCCUAUAUUAUGAUGAUGAUCGAGCAUUUACUUCAUCUAAAAUUAUCCAAUCUGCCAAUUUUGUACGUAAUGAAAUAAUUAUCCGGAUUGCUCAUAAGAUUUUCAAAUUGCAAAAUUUACCGUUUGAACUGGUGAAUAACUAUCAUUUAGUGCAAGUGUAUGAAAGUUAUUAUGAUAUAUUUGAUAGAUUCAGAAGACUACCUGAAAUAAAAAGUUUACAAGAUAAUGAUAAGUUUGUUGAAUUUGCAAAUGGGAUACUAAGCGAUUAUAACGUUUUAAACUUGCCACACUUAAUUAUGGGUGCCUUGGAGUCUAGAAUUUUAAAUUUGUUCCCACAAGCUGAAAUGGACGAGUUGCUGAGUGAGUUGCUAAGAGCCAGAAUUAGCAGAAGAUUAAUGGUUGAAGAGCAUUUAUCUCUAACUUCUAAUUUUUCUCACGGUAGAGAAAAAAAUAGGAUUGUAUUUGGUGAUAUUUUUAAAACUUGCAAUGCCAAAGAAUAUUUGCUUAAUGCCAGUAAAAUGUGUGAGGAUUUCGUCAAAAUUGAAUAUGGGCCCACAGCAACAUUGCCAGAUUUUAUUAUUGAAGGUGAUGAUGAUUUAUCUUUUUUUUUCUUGCCUGGGCACUUAACUUAUUUAUUAGGGGAGAUUUUAAGAAAUAGUUAUGAAGCCACUAUCAAAGAAGCCAUUAGAAAGGGGUUGCAUAAGCCAGAUAGGAUCAAGGUGACGAUAGUGCGUAAUGAACAAAGUCAUAUUUUUAGGAUAUCAGAUAGGGGUGGUGGGGUUGUAUUUAACCACAAUGCUACUGAUAGUUUAAAUUUGUGGUCUUUUGGGAAGAGCGUAGAUUUAGCCAAAAAAUCCUUAGACAACUUUCAUAAAUUGCCUGAAUUUCAGUCAGACAAUAUCUAUGAGGCAAGAAGAAUGUUAGCAAAUGGCGAUAAUGGUAUUAAUAGUAUUAAUUCCAAGACAACUUUUGAAAACACCUCAUUGUCAAACAUGAUUGAGGGCAAUCUAGGAAAUAAGGGUAAUUUCUAUAACAAGUAUGAAAGUUCGUUAAUUGAUAUGUUAAAAAGAUUACCUAGAUAUAAAUUGGGAGUGGGAUUAGCAUUAUGUAAAGUAUAUGCAGAUUAUUGGAAUGGAGAUUUGAAUGUGCAUUCUAUUGAUGGAUAUGGCACAGAUACUGUUUUGAAAUUAGGGAAUUUGAUGUAUUUGACGGAUAAAUUGCAAUUGGACAAAGUUUGA